AUGGGGGAUAAUUUAAAAUAUGAGCAAUACAAAGGUCCGAUCUUUGGCACACGGCACUUGCAAUGCUUACUAAUAUUUUUUGGCUUAUCAGUGACGCUGAUGCAACGCGUCAACCUUUCGGUGGCAAUUGUGGCCAUGAUGGAUAAGAAUUCAACAAAUCCGGACUUUGAGGAAUACCAGUGGUCGGAGAAGACGAAAUCCUAUUUGCUCAGCGCCUUCUUUUGGGGCUACUUUGUUACCCAAAUACCGGGUAGUCAGUUGGCGCACCGAUUUGGCGGAAAAGUGAUGCUGUUUGGCAGUAUAUCCCUCAGCGCAGUACUGACUCUACUCAUACCACUCAGCGUUCGUAUUGGUGAUUGGAAAUUACUAUUUGCACUCCGCAUGACACAAGGUCUCAUACAGG